AUGAAUAAUAUAAAUAAUAAUAAUAGUAUUAGCAAUAAUAAUAAUAUUUUAAAAAAAAAAGAAAAAAACCAAAAUUAUAAUAAUAAUAAUAUUAAUAAUGAUUUUAAUAGUUUAGAAGCACCAUACUCUUAUUUAUAUAAUCCAAAUAUCAAAUCUUAUGAUAAGUUUGAUAUCAAAGAUUAUGAAACCAUUCAAAGAAUUCCAAUAUAUAAACAAAAUAAUAAUAAUAGUUGUAGAACAUUGGGCAACUGUAAAGAAUUUUUAGAUUUGGUGAAGCAAACACUUCAAAAUGAAGAUUCAUCAAAAUAUUUAGCUUUUUAUAAAAUAAUUGUUAAACCCCUAUCAAUGCUCAAAAUGUUUGUUAAAAUCAGUAAACUAUUUGAAAACUAUCCAGUAUUAUUAAAAUCAUUCGAUACAUUCCUUCCAAAUGAUUUUAUUAACUGGAUAGAAAAGUUAAGAUUAAACGGUAACAAAAAUUUUAAAGAACUUUACUUUCAAAGAAUCUUUUUAUAUGACCACGUUGUUCCAGACGUUAUUCAUAGUGAAACUUUUAACUAUUGUUAUUACUUUAAAACUUUAGGUUAG